GGAACUCCCACCUAAAACAGGACGCUGAAACUACCACUAGCAGCGGACGUGGGAAAUUUUCCGUUGUUCAUCUUGCCGGUGAUAUACGGUACAGGGGUUGGCCCUGGUUGGGUCCACCUGCCAGAGGAGUUUAAAGUUUCCGAGGCUCCGAAGAACACAAUGACUUGGAUCAAACAGCCUACAUAGAGAGACGGAUAUUUCUGCUGCAUCGAGGAAGCCAUUCAACGCCUGCUAAACUAUGUGUCUCUUUUUUAUGCGUCCACGCGCACAACCGACCUUCUCUAUCACUGACUAGAGAUUAUUUGUGACAACCCAGGAUAUUCCGAAAGCUUGGCGAUUCAUGGCUGGAAAAUGAAACGACGCGGGAAGUGUGGCCACAUCAUUACAUGGUGUCGCGUGGUACCAGAUGUGUAGUCAGUGAAUUGCGCAGGGAUGUGAACGGAUAGUUUUAUGCGAUUUUUCCUCCAUAAAACUAAAACAGACUUCAUUUCCUUUUUUUUUUUUUUUUUGGUCUGUACUACUUGCGUUUUCCCCCUCUGCAAUAUCAAUUAACUCAACUUUGCAGUGAGGUGGCCAAAUAGCAAGAAGAUGAAGUGGUCUCUAUAAUCUUGGUCGAGAGUCAGAGGAGUUACAGCGCCCCGGGAACGGCAGCUGCGACCCGCCGCGUCCUGAGCAGAUUGCAGGGUGGAAACCGCGCAGGCGGUUAUGGAGCGGACAGUGCACCCAAUCUGCGGAGCAUAGAGACCGGGGCGGCGGAAGGGGUCCUUUCAUCUCGCAGCAGCCUUGGAGGCCGCUGCUGCCUCUCCUCCGCAGCGUUUUAUUACCAUUAUCAUCGUUCUUGAAAAGUCAUGGAAGACGGGCCGCUGCCAGACCUCAGAGACAUAGAGCUGAAGCUGGGACUCAAAGUACCUGAGAGCCUAGUGCGCUCGCUCCGUGGGGAGGAGCCGGUUCCCCUGGAAAGGGACGGGGACCCCUGCGGGGGGAGCGGCGGUGGCAGUGGCGGUGGCGGAGGCUGCAGUAGCAGCAGCAGCAGCUGCAGCCUCCCUCCCUCCUUGUCGUCCUCCUCUUCGUCCUCCCCAACCUCUGGUUCCCCACGACGUAGCCACUCCAGCGCCCUGGAGAGGCUGGAAACCAAGCUUCACCUCCUCAGGCAAGAGAUGGUUAAUCUCAGAGCCACAGACGUCAGGCUCAUGCGCCAGCUGCUCCUUAUCAAUGAGAGCAUUGAGUCCAUCAAGUGGAUGAUUGACGAGAAAGCCACGAUUGCUAGCCGGGGCAGCAGUCUCAGUGGCAGCCUGUGUAGUUUACUGGAGAGUCAGAGCACCUCCUUACGUGGCAGCUACAAUAGCCUGCAUGAUGGCAGUGAUGGGCUGGAUGGUAUCUCUGUGGGAAGCUACCUGGACACUUUGGCAGAUGAUGUCCCAGGCCAUCAGACCCCGUCAGACUUGGACCAAUUCAGUGAUAGCUCCAUAAUAGAGGACUCCCAGGCAUUGCACAAGCAUCCCAAAUUGGAUUCUGAAUACUACUGCUUUGGCUAAUGACCCAGUUUUUUUGCAUGGGAUUGGUGUGCAAUUAAUUCAUAUUUAUCUUUCUUCUCCGCUGCUAUAUUUUUGGUGUGAUUUUUUUUAAUAUGACAGCCUUUGGGGGGAAAAAAGCUUAUUUUGAAACUGCUUGAUGAUUCUGUUGCUCCUAAUAUUUCUAAUCCUGACUGAUUUAUCUUUCUCUCUUAUAUCUCUAUUUUUAUUUAUUACAAUGAUUGUUCUCCCUUCUUUUACAGUGGCACAAAUAAAGUAGGGGGAAAGAAUAAGCAAUAAUUAUGUUUUUACUUUUGUUUUCAGAGCAAGGGGUCAGGGAUUACAAGAAAAACUUUGCUAAAUUUUACAAUAAACCAAAGUCUGAUAACA